GUGGCGGAGACGCUCCGGGCGCGGGCUGCAGAUGUCGAACCGGCAGGCGGCUGAGGGGCCGGGCUUCUGGAGCCCCGCAGCCCGCCGAGGGUCGGCGGGCGGCGUCGGGGACAGCUCCGGAGUGGAGGGGAGCCUGGCGGCCGCCGCAGAGAAUGAAGAUCUAGAAAUCACCARGGCCAUCUCUGAUCUAGCACCCCAUCCCUCGCCCCACAGGCCACAGAUGGUAUGUCCAGUGAGUAAGGAUGCCACAGAAGAUCUGCAGGGAGCAACCAAUCCCUCCAAGGCUCCAGCUUUGGUGGAACAGCAUUUGCUGCCUGCAGACCAGGCCCACGUCCGCAACCAGAUGGCCAAGUACCGAGUUCCACAAAGGUCUGGAGACAUUGUUAUGAUCCAGUCUGAGCAUACAGGAGCUAUUGAUAUUCUUUCAGCUGAUUUGGAAUCUGCAGAUCUUCUGGGGGACCACAGGAGAGUUUCCCCACCUCUGAUGGCUCCUCCAUGCAUCUGGACCUUUGCCAAGGUGAAGGAAUUCAAAAGCAAGCUGGGCAAAGAGAAGAACAGCCGUCUGGUGGUGAAACGGGGUGAGGUGGUGACCAUCCGGGUACCCACUCAUCCAGAGGGGAAGCGUGUCUGCUGGGAGUUUGCAACUGAUGACUAUGAUAUUGGCUUUGGAGUUUAUUUUGACUGGACCCCUGUAACCAGCACUGAUAUAACUGUGCAGGUCAGUGAUUCCAGUGAGGAAGAGGAUGAAGAAGAAGAAGAGGAGGAGGAAAUUGAAGAACCUGUCCCAGUGGGAGAUGUGGAGAGAGGUUCCAGGAGUUCCCUACGGGGUCGMUAUGGGGAAGUCAUGCCUGUGUACCGGCGGGACAGCCACCGAGAUGUGCAGGCUGGCAGCCAUGACUACCCUGGUGAGGGUAUCUACCUGCUCAAGUUUGACAACUCCUACUCUCUGCUACGCAACAAGACUCUCUACUUCCACAUCUACUAUACUAGCUGAAGGACUGCUGAGACAGAGGGCAGGCUGUAUUUGCUGGCUGACGCAGGCUGCCAGCCGGAGCCUCUUGUUUUAGAUAGACAAGAGCUGAAAGUUCCGCGGGAGGCUCCUGAGCCUCACGUCCUGCCUGGCAUGCCUGACUGUUGACCCCGUGUAGCUUUUUCCCCUUCUUGGCUUCUGCAGGUGGUGGURUAGUCCCCUGUUCUGUGGUCCCUGACUCAUGCUCUUGUUGCUUCAGAUGCCAGCAAAUCCCUCUUUGAAGGCACCUAUCAGGAAAAGCCUCAAAGGAAGUAGGAUGAUGUCUUUUACAAAUAGAUUGGUGUUGGUACAAGGUUUAUCAGUCAGGUUGCUGCUUGCUCCUCUUGAGAGCCUAUAUGCCAAUGUGUUCAGUGGCACCCACCCAUUUUACUUUUUAAGGUGCCAGAAGAGGGAAAAGCACAUUGCCCAUGAAGGAGCCCAGUGUCUUGGACAGAGAAAGCUCUGUCCAUCCUCUCACCACUGCCAUAUUCCUGCCUGCUGGGUAUUCUUGUUCUCUAGCACAGGCUGCGAGACCUCACUGCCUUGGAGGGGUACUAUUAUUCCUGAUGGCUAGACCCCUCCUUUUUUCUCUUUCCUAAGUCUGUGUUUUUGCCAUACAGCAAGAACUUUCAUGCAAUCUAAAGUGAUGAUCAGUGUAACCUAAGAUCUUCUGGGAGGAAAAAAUGGGCUCUAUCACUUUCUGUUCCAAGAGCUACUUUCCCUUACCAAGGCCACUGGCAGUUGAUGGAGAAAGGGUGGAAAUUAGAUACUGAAUUGAUCUUGGAAUCCACCCUUGAAAUUCUAGUGUUACUCAAUUUUUAAAAAAUUUAAUCCAAGAAAGAGGGAUA